GCCCCAGCCAGUUGAGGCUGCGUCGAGUGCGAGGACGCCUGUUACCGUCACAAGUGGCCAAAAAAGAACUGGUGUACCCUAUAGUGUUAGUGACGUGAAUUAGUGCCCGUCCGCAACGCACAUGCGUGCACACGGAUGACCUAUAGUGAACAAAAUUUUUUGUGACUUGUGAUUUUGUGUACCGUGCGACCAAGUGGGAUCGUGCCAAGUUCGUGAUAUAUUACUGCGCUGCAAUACCAACAAUUGCUGCCGAUGUGACCCAAUCGCGCCAAUGAGUGACAAUUGUAAAGGAAUCAUACUCGUGAACAAUGUCGACCAGAACGCCGGUAGCUAGACAAAGGACGAUGGACGUGUCGAAGAGUUGUUCGUGAAAUUGCACAAAGUAAUAGUAAAUAUGUCGAUAAAAGCCAGUGUGGGUUAAAUGAAAAGGGAAAAAAUGGGUGGCAAAGGUUUAGGGGGUGAGGUGAUGGGCUUUCUCCUCGCCGUGGCUUUCUGCAUCAUUUGCCCAGAAUACGUAUCGUCAGCCCAAAGAGAACUCGGUAAAGGCACACCAACCAAUGCCUCAGCGACGGUGGCCCCAGCUGGCUCUGUGGACAAUGCCAUACGGCCAGGGGCAGCCCCCGCGGAUGCUCCGCGGCCAACGCCCCGCACAGGUCCGUACUUCGACCUGGUGGCAUCCAAGAAUGUCACCGCGCUGCUUGGCAAGACUGCUUAUUUGAAUUGCCGGGUCAAGAAUUUAGGGAAUAAAACUUUAAAUAUGCAAGUUUCGUGGGUGAGACACCGAGACAUCCAUUUGCUGACCGUGGGACGGUACACAUACACCAGUGAUCAACGAUUUCGGGCAAUACAUUUGCCACAUUCCGAGGAUUGGACUUUACAGAUAAAAUAUCCUCAGCAUAGAGAUUCUGGCAUAUAUGAAUGUCAAAUAUCAUCGACUCCACAUAUGAGUCAUUUCAUACAUUUGAAUGUAGUUGAACCUACCACCGAAAUCAUCGGUGGUCCAGACCUCUACAUCGAUAGGGGCAGCACUAUAAACUUAACCUGUGUGGUACUCUACUCACCAGAACCACCAGCGUAUAUUUUUUGGAACCAUAAUGACGCGAUUAUAAGCUACGAUUCCCCACGAGGCGGUGUCUCGGUGGUGACAGAAAAGGGGGAGACAACUACAUCAUUCCUCCUCAUCCAGCAAGCCAGGCCUUCGGAUUCAGGGACCUACCAGUGUAACCCAAGCAAUGCGCAGUCCAAGAGCGUUGUAGUACAUGUACUCAAUGAAGCAAAUUCGAUUUUUCCUUUGUCAGGUGAGUAUCCGGCUGCAAUGCAACGAGGUGGACAGGCAUUCGCACCUACUUCUCCAACUCACUGCCUAGUCCUGGCUGCGUCACUCUUCAUAACGCUUUCUUGACAUCUACCAAGAAUUGCAUCUAUGUAAAUAUGAGAAUUUUAUAGUUCACAGCUACUUAUAAUAGCACUUGUGAUUAACUGAUGAACAGAAUUGCCAUUGAAUAUUAAAUGCAACACAAGUGUCAUUGUAAGAAGUUGAAACUAAUUACUCGCUAUUUUAUAGUGUGGGUUGUGUUAUGUAAAAUAUAAAUUUAAUAAAUCCCUGAGCAGGUAGCUGGAAUGCUUAUUUCGUAUAGACUUGUAUAUAGUGUACUAUAACGCAAUUACGCAUUUAAUAUUGUAUAUUUAGUUUUGUGAAAAUAUUAACUUUUAAUUGGUCACUAUUAAGUUUCCUAGCUCCAAAUUAUGAGUCCUCAUUAAAGUCUGUGAAAAUGUAUAGCUAGAAAAAAUAAUAUUAAAUUUAAUAAAAAAAAUAAAUAAAUCAAUUCGAUAUAUUUCUUACGGAAUUUAAAUUUGCUUUGGCAGAAACAUCGGCUCAUACUCCUCUUGUUAUAAUAGAAAAUGUAUUAGAAAACAAGAAAGAGGAAAGUUAUAUAAACAUUGAAAGAAACAAAGAUGUACACAGGAAUGUAUAAACAGCUGACAAUACUACGUUAAAACACAAAUGUUUAGAAAAUACAAGGACUGUAUAUAUUUUAAUUACGAGUAAAGAUAUACGAAUCACUCUAUCUAGCUAUAUCGUACUGUAAUAAAAAUGUAAAUUGUAAGUAAGUAUUAGUAGUAUUAAUAAUUUUGUAAAUACUGUAUUUAGAGGACUUUUACAGGUUUCUAAGAAACCCGAAGAGGAUAGACUCUUAUUCAGUGAUAACAUCUAUAUAGAUUGUUCGAUAAAAUAGUUUGUGGACAAAACCAAGCAAGGCUUACAAAUGACUUUAAUGACACAAACUGAAAAUUGCAGUAUUGUUAAUGACUUUGAUGUGAAAAACGCAUGGAAACCUGUUAAUAAAUUCCUCUUUGUAAUUAAAAUAUUACUAAAUACAGACUAGAUCAUCUAUAUAAGCAUAAAAUUAGGAAUGGAUGAUAUAAAUUUUACAGACUAGUUAGAAAAGAAUCUGAUUUGAAAUUACACGUUGUUUGUAUUUAAAUGUUCUUCCUGAUGCAUGAACUUUCCAAUAUUAGGUAAAUGAAGAGUUUAUAAUCCUAAUAUUUCGGUUGUAUUUAUUCUUUAAUAUUUUUAAUUUAAUAAUAAUAUAAAUAAUAGUCAUUUAUUAAUUUUAUACGUUAAUUUUUAUAUUUAUAAAUGAAUUAAUUAUAUUAGUUAAUUGUAAAGCUAGAGGUCCCCCGUCCCAGUUUUAUCGCAAGAAAUCUCAUCUACGUAAUGAGAUUGAAUAUAUUAUUGAAGUGCUUUCAAGACAGAUGCUGUCGUUAAAAAAUGAAAAUAAAUAUAUAUACCGUUUGUUUAUUAUUUAUUGUAAAUAACACAAGCUGUCCGACAUUUCUUUACAAUCAUAUAACUCGGUGUAUAAUAACUACGAAACUAAAAACUAUUUCACUGAAGUGUUUUACUUGAAUUAGGGUAUUAAAGUGACAGAUCUCGAUUAAUAUAACCAGUUAUUAUUAUGUCAAAAGUUUAUUAUUGUAUACAAGUAACAAUAGUAUUAAAACUUGUUGUAUGUAUUAUGAUACCUGAUGAUGCGAUACGUCGCGCAAUAUAAAUUACAUGUGUAAUAAACAUUAUAAAGAAACAAUAAAGUUUUAAAAAAGAA